CGGGGAUCCGACGCGAGCCAAUGGGGUUGGGAGGCGGGUUCGGUUGUGUUAGAAGGGGCCCCGGGGAUUGUCGCCGCCGCUAUCCCGGCGUCGGACGUGUGGGGCAGCUGCCGGAGUCCUUGGUUGCGGUGUUAGCUGCUGCCAUGAGCUAUACAGGCUUUGUCCAAGGAUCUGAAACCACUUUGCAGUCGACAUACUCAGACACGAGCGCUCAGCCUACCUGUGACUAUGGGUCUGGGGAAAGACCAAGCCUACACCCUGACAUUACCUCAAGAGUCACUGAAUCAGUGGACAUAAGAUAUGGAACUUGGAACUCUGGGACAAACAGAGGCUACGAGAACUAUGGCUAUGGCUAUGGCUAUGGCCAGGAUAACACCACCAACUAUGGGUAUGGUAUGGCCACUUCAAACUCUUGGGAAAUGCCUAGCUCUGACACAAAUACAAACCCUAGUGCCGCGGGUAGCGCCAGUGCCGAUUCCGUUUUGUCCAGAAUUAACCAGCGCUUAGAUAUGGUGCCACACUUGGAGACAGACAUGAUACAAGGAGGCAUGUACGGCUCAGGUGGAGAAAGAUAUGAUUCCUAUGAGGCCUGUGACUCGAGGGCUAUUCUGAGUGAGCGCGACCUAUACCGGUCAGGCUACGACUAUGGCGAACUUGACCCUGAGAUGGAAAUGGCCUACGAGGGCCAGUACGAUGCCUACCGUGACCAGUUCCGCAUGCGUGGCGGCGACACCUUUGGCCCACGGGCUCAGGGCUGGGCCCGGGACUCCAGGAGUGGCCGGCCGAUGGCCUCGGGCUAUGGGCGCAUGUGGGAAGACCCUAUGGGGGCCCGGGGCCAGUGCAUGCCUGGUGCCUCCCGGCUGCCCUCCCUCUUCUCCCAGAACAUCAUCCCCGAGUACAGCAUGUUCCAGGGCAUGCGUGGCGGGGGCGCCUUCCCAGGUGGCUCCCGCUUUGGCUUCGGGUUUGGCAAUGGCAUGAAGCAGAUGAGGCGGACCUGGAAGACCUGGACCACAGCCGACUUCCGGACCAAGAAGAAGAAGAGAAAGCAGUGCGGCAGUCCUGAUGAGCCAGACAGCAAAGCCACCCGGACGGACUGCUCGGAUAAUAGUGAUUCAGAUAAUGAUGAGGGCACUGAGGGGGAGGCCGCAGAGGGCACUGAAGGCGCUGAGGCUGUGGAGAAGGGCUCCAGAGCAGAAGGAGAAGAUGAAGAGGGAAAAGAAGAAGGCAAAGAAGAAAGCAAAGAGGAUGCAGAAAAGGGGGCCCUCAGCACCCAGGACGAUAGUGGCCAGAUCAAGCGCAAGUUGCAGGCAGGCAAGAAGAGCCAGGAUAAGCAGAAAAAGCGGCAGCGAGACCGCAUGGUGGAAAGGAUCCAAUUUGUGUGUUCUCUCUGCAAAUACCGGACCUUCUACGAGGAGGAGAUGGCCAGCCAUCUCGAUAGCAAGUUCCACAAGGAGCACUUUAAAUACGUAGGCACCAAGCUCCCCAAGCAGACGGCCGAUUUCCUGCAGGAGUAUGUCGCCAACAAGACCAAGAAGACCGAGGAACUCCGGAAAACCGUGGAGGAUCUUGAUGGUCUGAUUCAGCAGAUCUACAGAGACCAAGAUCUUACCCAAGAAAUUGCCAUGGAACAUUUUGUGAAGAAGGUAGAGGCAGCUCACUGUGCAGCCUGUGACCUCUUCAUCCCCAUGCAGUUUGGGAUCAUCCAGAAGCACCUCAAGACCAUGGAUCACAACCGGAACCGCAGGCUCAUGAUGGAGCAGUCCAAGAAGUCCUCGCUCAUGGUGGCCCGCAGCAUCCUCAACAACAAAAUCAUCAGCAAGAAGCUGGAGCGCUACCUGAAGGGUGAGAACCCGUUCACGGAUAGCCCCGAAGAAGAGAAGGAACAGGAGGAGGCCGAGGGCGGGGCCCUGGACGAGGGGACGCUAGUAGAAGCGGCAGGGGGCGCGGAGGGUGCCGAGGGCGCGCCGGCGCAACCCCCAGUGCCCCCGGAGCCCGCCCCUGGGGCCACGUCCCCACCACCGCCGCCGCCCCCCGAGGAGGAGGAGGAGGAGGAGGAGGAGGCCUUGCCCCUGCUGGGCGGCGCGCUUCAGCGCCAGAUCCGCGGUAUCCCGGGCCUCGACGUGGAGGCCGACGACGACGAGGAGGGUGGUGGGGGCGCACCGUGACCUGGGCCCGCGGCGGGCGGGACCCGCGUGGCCAAGGCUGGAAGCCGAGCCCAAUAAAGUUCUUUCUACCCCA